AUGGAUACACCAAGAACAGCAUCAGUGGUGGAUGGGAAUGCCUCAUUUGUCGAUGGGUCUUCUCGAAGUGAGGUUCAAAAAAGUAAUGUCUGUGACGAAGUCGACGCAAUGAAACGCAGAUGUAACGCUAACGAGGCAGGCACCACCUCUGAUCGUCGAGGAAGUGGUAAAGCUUCCAGCUCUCCAGAAAUUCGUUCAGUUUUAUCUUCAGAUAUCAACUGUGUUGAUAAAAACGUUAAUGAGGUCGCUGAACGUCCUGGUGGUCUUGGACUGAUUGGUGAUAAACUUUCUGCUGGAAGUUCUUUGACACUUUCCUCGGUUUCACCUACAGUUAGCGACGUUACUUCUUUAGAAUCACGAGAAGAGAAAGAAAAAGGUGAUGAGAUUAAUGGAGAAGAAAGUCACUGUUUUUGCGGUAAAGUUAAUAAAGGGCUGGCCAUGAUUGCCUGUGAUUAUUGUUUAGAAUGGUACCAUAUGCAGUGUGUUCAGAUAACCCGUGCUCAAGCUAAAACGUUCGAGAAAUACGCUUGCCCACGCUGUGCCAGUAAAGAUGGCAAUUAUCAAAUUGUUUAUAAAGAAGGAGACCGUUUGCUUUUGGAUAAAACGAGCUCGAAAAAGCAUAAGAAAGAUCGCGAAGUAAAGGUUGAUAGCACAAGUGAUGUUCAGAAGCUGGUAAAGGAAAGUUCAGGUUAUUUGUUUUGA